CGGAGCGGGAGGAGCGGCGCGGCCGGCGAGGAGCGCGCCCGGAGCCCAGCCCAGCCAAACUGAGCCCAGCCCAGCCCGGGGCGCUCCCGGUGCCGCCGGGGCUCAGCCCGCCCGCCCGGAGCCAGGCACAGGGAACGGGUAAUAACCGAAGAUGCCUCACAGCAGGAAAGUGGGAUCAGAUUGGCAGUGCAGCAGUGAGUGGCAUGAUUGAAGACAAGAUAAAAAGCAGGCUACAGCAAAAGGUGUGAGCUUCAUCUUUUCUCCCUGAAACUAGGUUACAGCUGAGAAGUUGAAAAUGAUCCCAAAUUACUCUACUGAAGAAACUGUUAAAAGAAUCCACGUGGACUGUCCUGUUUCAGGACGGCACAGCUACAUCUACAUUAUGGUUCCAACCGUUUACAGCAUCAUCUUUAUCAUAGGCAUAUUUGGGAACAGCCUGGUCGUCAUUGUCAUUUACUGCUACAUGAAAUUAAAAACCGUAGCCAGCAUCUUUCUGCUCAACCUGGCCCUGGCUGACUUGUGCUUUCUGAUAACUCUGCCCCUCUGGGCAGCCUACACGGCCAUGGAGUACCAGUGGCCUUUUGGCAACUGUUUGUGCAAGCUGGCCUCGGCGGGGAUCAGCUUCAACCUGUACGCCAGCGUGUUCCUGCUGACGUGCCUGAGCAUCGACCGCUACCUGGCCAUCGUGCACCCGGUGCAGUCGCGCAUCCGCCGCACGGUGUCCGUGGCCCGCGGCACCUGCGUGGCCAUCUGGCUGCUGGCCGGCGUGGCCAGCCUGCCCGUCAUCAUCCACCGCAACAUCUUCUUCGCCGAGAACCUCAACAUGACGGUCUGCGGCUUCCGCUACGAGAGCAACAACACCACGCUCCGCGUCGGGCUGGGCUUAUCCAAAAAUCUGCUGGGCUUUUUAGUUCCUUUCCUGAUCAUCUUAACGAGCUACACCUUAAUUUGGAAAACACUGAAGAAGGCAUAUCAAAUUCAAAAAAAUAAGACUAGAAAUGAUGAUAUCUUCAAGAUGAUUGUAGCAAUUGUGUUUUUCUUUUUCUUUUCCUGGAUUCCUCAUCAAGUGUUCACUUUUCUGGAUGUGUUGAUUCAAUUACAUGUAAUAACAGAUUGCAAAAUCACUGAUAUAGUGGAUACAGCUAUGCCCUUCACCAUUUGUAUCGCUUACUUUAACAACUGUCUGAAUCCCUUUUUUUAUGUGUUUUUUGGAAAAAACUUUAAAAAAUACUUCCUUCAGCUAAUUAAAUACAUCCCACCAAAUGUCAGCACACAUCCAAGCCUCACAACCAAAAUGAGCUCCCUCUCCUAUCGGCCACCAGAAAAUAUCCGCUUGCACACCAAAAAGACUGCUGGGCCUUUCGACACCGAUUGAGGCAUUUCACAAAGUUCUCCUUUGGAACAGCCUUGUAUGUGAAGCACCAAGAACAACGAGAUUCAUCUGCGGUCCUGAACAUCACAGCUCCUUACAGCAACACUGGAUCACCUCAGAGAAAUCAUACUGUAAAGAGUCAGCAGUGGCCUUACAGCUUCCGUUGCAAAGAGGACUGCUUCGUUUUCAUUUCACUUUACUGAAAGCAGCCCAAGCAUUGGACAGGUGUGUCACAGUUCCUGCCACAUCCCACCGUUUGCUUGGAACUACGAAAGAAGGGGAGGGAAAACUCCUAACUUAAGUUCACAGGUGUUUCAAAAGGAAGCACUUGUAUAAAUAACAUUAAAUGCAAAGAACCUGACUUGCAUAUAUGUGAGCUAUUCUGUUGAAGAAGUGGAGCUUUUUUCUUGUUUUGUUGGUUUAUUUUUAAUUACAUAAAUGUCCUAUAAUCAUAUUUAUAAUAUAUUUUCAAAUAUAUGCUAUAUAUAGAGGCCCAAUUUUAAACUCAAAUGGAAA